AUGAAGCACCUGAUAUUGUCAGGGGCGUGUUACUUAGAUACCAUUCUCAGGGAAGCCAACGAUGUACCGUUCUUCCCGGAAGAAGACUCAAAGCUCCGUGCGACCAGCCUGUCCAUUCGUCGUGGAGGAAACUGCCCCAACUCGCUCGAGGUGCUCCAGCAGAUCCUUGUGCCACGGGAACCUGUUAGACUAUACCUGAUUACAUGUCUCCCUAGCAGGGCGUCCUCAGCAACGCGUCGGGUCAUCGGGUCGUUUGGAGAACAUUCCCUUGUCAACUUUGACCACUGUCUCUAUCGGGAGGCGUACGAGGAAGCAGCAAGUAGCUAUGUCAUCCGGAACGAGCGGAGCAGCAGUCGCACUAUCAUCAACUACAACGACUUACCUGAAAUGACAUCUGACGAAUUCGAGGAAAAGGCAGGGGCAUUUGACGCGGACCAAGAAACCUGGUGGCACUUUGAGGGGCGAAUCCCAGACACAACGCUCAGUUGCAUUCGCCAUGUACGCAAAACACAGCCCAAGGCGCGGAUCAGCGUCGAGGUUGAGAAGCCUGGACGACCAGGCCUUCCAGAGUUGGCGGCUGAGGCGGAUGUCGUCUUCUACUCGCGGAGUUGGGCCGAGGUACGAUCGUUGGCCCUGUGUACCUGGGGCGCUGACGGAGCCGCUGCCCUGUCUCGGUCUACGAAGGAGGAGGAUUGCUUCCUCUGCCCAGUUCCAACGAAGGCGAUUGCCGUUAUCGACGCCGUGGGUGCGGGCGACACGUUCAUCGGCGGUAUGCUGUAUGGCUUGGUAUGCCAGAGCCAGAGCUGGGAUGUUAGACGCAAGGUCGAGUUUGCGGUUGAGCUGGCCACCCGCAAAGUACAGCAGGAGGGGUUUGGUGGGCUCGACGCAGCUCGUACUUGGGAUUAA